CAUCAUGGCGGCCCUGUUACGACUUGGAGCUGGUAGAGCAUGCCGACUUUUAGCAGCAAACGCUAUACGUAACCCUUCGAUCUACCAACGAAACUUGGCAAUUUUACACAAAGAACACAUUCUGAAAGCAUGUAUUCCCAGAUUUAGCGCCUCGAGGUACCUGAGCAGUGAAAGCACGGCUAGCGAGGCUGUUGAAGAAACAGCUGAGAUCGAGAGAAAUUCAGUGACCAAGGACUUAAAAGAAUUUCAAAAUGCACGCGAAAAACGAUCUGAUGCACCUGUAACUAGAUACGAUCGGGAUAAACGACAGCUAGGAACCAUCAUUGUCAAGAAAAUUCUGCUGAGAACAUUUGAGAGUAUUCUGCAAAAUGAGGGCCAACUGACACCGUUACAAGCUUACCAGGUGAUACGAAAUUGUGGAUCGCAGUUAUUGUAUGAACGACCCGAAAAGAGAGUUGAAUUGGCGCACUACAUGUGGGACAAGAUUAUUGAGACAGGCACUCAACCAGAUGAAACUUUAUACAAUGCAUUGUUAUCUGUGUAUGUUCAAAACAGUUACAUCUUCAAUCCCCUUGAAGUUCUUGAAGAGAUGGAGUUGAGGAAUGUUGAUCCCAACAGGGCAACCCUGCUAUUGCUUAUGCAGGGAUUUGCAGAAAAAGGAGAUGUAGAGGGCACCUUUAAAAUGUUAGAGUAUAUCAAAGAUUCCAAAAUGCUUCUCACAGAGGAAGUGUAUUCAGCUCUUGUCACUGCAUAUGGUCGCACUGGAGACAUUGAGAGUGCCAAGGGUGUGUUUGACCUCAUGAGGGAGAAUAAACUGGAGCCAGACAUCAACAGUUAUACUGCAUUGUUAGUUGUUCAUGCAGAAGCUGGAAACGUUGAGGGUAUAAUGGAAACACUUCAAGAGAUGCAAGAAAAUAAAGUUUAUCCCAACAAGAGGGUAUUUUUAGUGCUGCUGGAUACACUUUCAAAGCGAGGACACUCUGCAAUUAUGAAAGAGCUCUUAGAGGCACCCCUUGUCAUGGGUUUUGUUGAAAAAAACCUGAGGGAGUUUAUGAUAACAGUUACAACCCGAGGGGAGAUAAACACUGCCUUCCUUCUGCUGGGAUACAUGCCCCAACCGACCAAUGCUUUCGGUCAAACUCUGGUCGACAGCAAUGAACGUGUUUUGCUUCGAAACACAAUCCUAUCUGGUCAGGGAAUGGAUGUUAUCAUGAUCACCAUUCGUGAAAUGGAAAGGCUGGGCAUCUUUGAAACAAAGAAACUGUAUGAACAAGCAUUGGACUUUAGCUACCAUGCUAGAAACCCAGAACUAAGUGUUGUCCUCUUGCAAGAAAUGCUAGAAAAGGGAAUACCAGUACGAAACCAUUACUUUUUCCCACCCUUGGCUAUUUAUGCCAACAGGAAAGACUCUAAAGGGGCACAGGAUGUCUGUGCACUGAUGAUGAAGCAUGGUUUAACACCAGAUGGCAAAAUUUUGAAGUACUAUGUAGAGUCAUUAAAUGAAUCAAGUGAAAAAGAUAUCCAAGCAGUAAUUACCUUAUCUGAGGGUUUGCCUACCACCAGAUAUACAAUUACAACCAUUGCUCAACUGUUUAUGAUGAUUGGUCAUUUGGACAAGGUGGAAAAGACCAUUGAAUUAGCUGAGAAAGAGGGUGUCAAUCUUGGAGCUAUAGCGAUGGCUUUUGAAGGAUAUAUCCUAUCAAAAGCAUUUGAUCCUAAAGAAGCAGUGAAGAUUCUUGAGAUGCUUGACAAAAAGGAUAUUACAGCAACGAAAAGGAUCUUGGAAAGAUUAAGGCAAACAGACCCUGAUUCAGCCGUGGAAGAUGCAACUUUUGUGAAACUUAUUUUAGAAGCUGGUCUGUCUCAUCAUCUGGAAUCUCAGACUUAUACACUGCUGAUGCAACAGUUGGCGGAAUUCAAAUUGUCGCAGGAAUUUUAUGAACUUCUACGAGUUAUGAAGGAGUACGAAGUACCACUCACUUUUCAUCAGUACAGGCCGAUGUUACGGAUUAUGGCUUUUGAUGGAAAAGCAGAGGCAGCACAAUUUUGUUUCGAUAAGCUCAAGGAAGAAACUGAGCCAAGCGGUCUUGAUUACUGUCGGUUGAUUGAGGCUUAUGGCAGAUGUCCCGAUAAAGGCAUACGCGGAGGAUUAACAGACGAGAAAGCAAUAAAGAAGAUCAAGGAUUUGUACGGGGAACUCUCUUUCAAAGCGGUGAAAUUGACAAAGUUUGCCAAGGGUGUUGUUUACACCGCUUUCCUGAGAUCGGGUGAUGUAGAGCAAGCAGAGGAAAUCAAAUCUAUUCAUGGUGAGGGGUACCCCGUGUUCCUUGUUACAAAUGAAUUUAUGAAAGCAUAUGCAGAACGCGGAGAUGUGAAAAAAACGCUGGAGUACUUUGAAAGGGUAAAGGAAAUAUCCACAAAAAAAGAUCUGCCUCCAUUUGUCUACAAUCAACUCGUGUAUUGCUACAGACUUCAUGGUGAUACAGAUUCUCAGAUGAAGGUGCUGGCGGAAAUGGAGGAAAAGGGAGUGCGAAAACUUCCGAAAACCUUCUCCUCGGUUAUGUUCUCUUUCUGCCAGAAGGGUGAUGUCAAGUCUGCAUUAGAAAUAUUUGGACAGGCCAAGGAAGAGGGUCCUUUUGUUUCACAGGGCAGUGCCCUGAGGCUGUUAAACACCAUGGCCAAAACGGGUCAAACAGAAAAAUUUGAUAGUGUUUUGGAAGACUGUCUUCACCAUUCUGUGAAAGCAGUUGAAAUUCCCACCGAAGCCCGAGAAAUGAUCAGAGGCCUAGUAUUUGCUUGCGUGCAUGCUGGAAAGACGGAUCUUGCCUUGAAACUCAUGCUGGAAAAUGAUGUGUUCCUGAAUGCAAACACACUUUUGAAACCUGCGAGAUCCGCCGGCUGGAAAGGAGAGGUGCAAGCUCUGUUGAACGCCAUAGAAUUUUUGAAGGAAAACAACGUCAGCCCCAAAGAGAUGUAUUUUCAUCUGAUAAGGGCUCAUGACUUCCACCGUGACGUGGACGCUAUCAAGGCAGUGUACAAUGAGGUGGUUGAAGAAGGAAUGGAGAUGACUGCAUAUUUCCAUGAGAUGUAUAAUCAUAUUAUGAUCAAAUAUUCUGAGAGAUUACCUUCCAGUGAAUAUAAUCAAACAGCGUCAGCCACCCAGACUGAAAUUGAUGUGGAUGACGAAUCUGACUUUUCAAGUGACGAAGAAGGAGCCCAUAUUCAGGAGUUUGAGAGGGAAACACCCGACUCUGAAGACUCUAAUAAAGACAAUGUCGAGAUGAAUGACCCCAAGUGAUUUUGGACGAGCAAUGGAAUUUUCAGGAUCGUCUGACCGCUAGAUGCUGAAAAAAAGCCUUCAUCUUGCCCAAAAGUUUUGAAGACGUCCUUUGACGAGUUACCUGUCUUUUUCAUCGAACUUCAAAAGGCUCAGUGUUAAAAGCGGUUACUGCUAAUUCUGGGCUACGCAAAGAAAGUAUUACUUUGAGGACUUCACUCUUACAGGACUUCGUUUUAAUACACUAACUUUUGCCUUAGUUGUGUGGGAAUAUUUUUUUAAGCCAACACACAAAUGGACACUUGUAGUAUUUGCGUUUCAGAGCCCCAGUAAUUAAAUUAUUUUGAUUAAAAAGCAGAAUGAACAUAUUGUUGUAGGGCUUGCUAGUUAUCGUCUUUGCAUCAAAUUGAACUUUCACUACCAAGUGCUAUGAAGGGGCUGUGAUGCAGUAGUUACAGCGCAUACGUAACGAAGUCUUUUAUCAGCUGUGCGUUCAAUAUAAAUGUUACCCCUUCUGUAUUGAAAAAGCAAUAAAGCGCUUUUAAAUAAAGUGAUAA